UCUUGAACAUCAUCCAUAUUCCAUUCUCACUGUUUCAUUCACAACAUUGCACAUCCACCCUGCACGCACAAUUGACAGAACUCAAGCGAAAUGCAGGCUCCGAACGUCGCGGCUGCGGCAGCCGCCACUCCUGCAAAUGAGAUUGCGGCGACUGUAGACGCUGAUAACCAUAUUAUGAAAGAUGAUGAAGGUAUUGAUGCCGAUGGGGAGGAAAGCUCUCAGGCAGAUACAGAGAGUAUCCGCACUACCUCUACAGCGUCUUUGAGCGAAAGCAUCACUGAGUACCGUCGCAUACAUGGCCGAACCUUUUCCCAAAAGACGGACUACUGGGGUCCCAAUGACGAGAAGCAGAACGAAGCGCUGGACAUUGCUCACUAUUGGGAGAUCGUUUUCUUCGAUGACAAAUUGUUCUUGGCGCCUAUUGGCGACAGCCCGCAAAAAGUCCUCGAUCUCGGAACUGGAACUGGUAUCUGGGCUAUCGAUUUCGCUGACAAAUUUCCGUCUGCUCAAGUCACUGGUGUCGACAUCUCUCCCAUCCAGCCUGGCUGGGUUCCUCCGAACUGCAAAUUUCAAGUUGACGACAUCGAGCAGCCGUGGACAUGGUCCGCGGACUUCGACUUCAUUCAUAUCCGCCACCUGGAAGCCAGUAUCGCGGAUUGGCCGGCAUUGUACAAACAAGCUUUCGAUCAUCUGGUUCCCGGAGGCUAUGUCGAAGUCAAGGAAUUCGAUAUCACGACUCGAUCGCAGCUUUACGGUGACGAUAUACCCAAAGACCACGUCUUCAGUCGGUGGGCGCCAGUCUUCUUUGAGGCAGCUGACAAGCUCGGCAAGACGCUGACCCAGACCCACAACCGCGGCAUUGCCAGAGCUCUUGAAGCAGUCGGCUAUGUCGACAUCGUUGAGAAGAGAUAUUCCAUCCCUAUUGGUGCUUGGCCUAAGGAUCCAAAGAUGAAGGAGGUUGGCGAGUGCAAUUUGCUGUACAAUGAUCAAUCACUUGAGGGGUUUGCCUUAUUCUUGCUCAAGGAGAUCAUGGGGUGGGAGUAUGCCGAGAUCAUCGUCUUCGUUGCAGAGAUGCGUAAAGCCCUCAGAGAUCCAAAGCUCCAAGCGUAUUUCCACCUCCACGUUGUUUACGCACGCAAGCCCGAGAAGCAGAAGGAAGCUCAGGCCGAAACCUGAAAGCCAGUGAAGAUAAAGGACCAGGGGUCAGCAAUCAGUCUUAAUUACAGGUGGAAAUCUCCAGCUCUUGGUCACGUUGAUGGGUCAGGCUUUGGCCAACGUGGGGCGGUAGAAGCAGAACGCAUCACAGCACACAGGAUGUAUGGAGAGAGAAGGACUUCGAAUAAUAAAACAUAUUUUCGACCGUA